AAAGAUUCCAAAGAUGUUAGACAAUUUGCAAAUAAAUUCGCUAUUGUUUCUUUUCACAUGACAGGAAUUAUAAAAUGGUGUUAUUGCAUGUGGAAAAUAGACACUAUUACAAAUCUUAUAAAUAUGCUUCAUAAUUGUCAUUAUUAUGCAUUGGAAAUAUGUCAAAAUAAUCAAGAUAAAGAAAUGUUACAUAAAGAAAUGAAGAUAGCACAAAAAUUGACAAGUUUAUAUGCCUAUUACUGGCCUCCAUUUGGAAUUGGUGUUGUUUUACAUUAUUUGUUUAAUCCUAUUUCAUUUAGAUUAUACGAAAUUUAUGUACAAAAGCACAAUAGUAGUGAGGUGCCAAAAUUACUUCCCUUACCAGGAUGGUUUCCAUGGGAUGAACAUCAAUAUUAUGGAUGGUCAUAUUUUUUUCAAAUAAGUGGAGUAACUGGUUGUUGUAUGGGAAGUAUAUGCUACGAUCAAUUGUAUGUGGCAACACUAAUAAUAAUUUGUUCGCAUUUAACAUUUCUUAGUCAAGCUCUGCAAUUAGAUUUUAAUAGGAAAAAAGUGAAGGACAAUAAUUUAUUUGAAAAACGUCUCAGAAAUUGUGUUGAAUUGCAUAAAGAAGUUCUAUGUUUUGUUGAAAAGUUAGAAAUUGUCGGAAGCCCCUGUAUGUUUGUACAAUGUGUACAAAAUAUUGUUAUAAUUUGUUUGUGCUCCUUUGAAGCAGCAACACUUCAAAUUGAACCUGGCAUACAAUGUUUAAUUCAAAUAUUUAAUUUACUUGAAUUUUCCAUAUGCAUUGCUGUGCAGCUACUUUUCUUUUGUUUCGUUGCCAGCACUAUUACAAAAUUGGGUCUAGAUGUAUCAUAUGCUGUAUAUUCAAGUAAAUGGGUUUCUUCCUAUGAUAAUUUAGAUUACAAAAUUUAUAAUAAAAAAAAAAAUCAUUUAAUUAAAUAUGCUGUAUUGAUUAUGUCCGCUCGUGCUCAACGUCCAAUAUCACUAACUGGAGGACCAUUUUAUAUUCUUUCACUUGAAACAUUUAAAUCAAUUAUGGGAAUAGCCGUUUCAAAUGCUGUUGUUUUAAGUCAAACUUAUAAUAGAAAAGCUCUAUAAAAAUUUAUUUGAAAUCAAGAAAUAAUUAUUUUAUUCACAAAAUAAAGAG